AACAGAAACUGAAUCCUUUCUCCUCAUUGAAAACCUUACUUAAGAUGUGAUUCAAGUCAGAUAGAAAGUACAUAACAAAUAUAAGAGUCAUUAAUCUUGAUAGCCUAGGUAUUCGAGAUGGCAAAAGAUGGCAUGGAUUACGAUGGCCUUAGCCACCAGGGCUCUAUGGAAUCUAUUGACGACUUCUUACUUGAAGAUGACUUCUUUAAUCCUAACCUUAUUAUUCUCUCUGAGAUGUACUCAACAUUAACCCCUUAUUUCAAUAGCACAAGUUUGAGCUCUUGCAUCAUUGAAGAGAAUGUGCAAAAAGCACUCAUUUCUCCACCUUCCUCUUCUUCUUCCUCCUCCUGCUCUGAGGUUCUCAUUUCUUUUUCGAUGCCAACUAAAAGAGAUGUUGAAAAAUCAUACUUUGACCCUUUAACGCACCAUUUUGAAGAAUCGACUGGAAAUAAUAAUAAUAUCUACAAGAAGAAUUAUGUAGAAGCAGGUGAUCAUGCUAUAUUGGAGAGGAAACGUAGACAGAAGUUGACUCAGCUAUUCAUUUCCUUGUCAAAGAUUCUUCCGGGCUUGAAGAAGAUGGACAAGGCUUCUUUACUAGGAGACACUAUCCAGUACAUGAAAGAGCUUCAACAACGUGUAAAAGUUCUUGAAAAAGAAAUAAAAAAUAACCCUAGCAAAAGAUCAUUGGCAGCAAAAGUUCCUUCGGAUGUUUCAUUGUCCGAAGGAAGUGAUUAUAGUAGCAAUGAGGAAGACAUAGUGCCAGAGAUCAACGUAAGAAUAUCUGAUAAAAGUGCACUUAUUGACAUUUAUUGCAACAAACAAGGUGGAGUUGUUGGAAGAAUACUGUCGGAAAUGGAGAGAUUGCAUCUUUCAGUCCGUGACAUGAAUAUAAUGUCAUUUUCUCGUACUAGUCUGGACAUAUCCGUUGUAGCUGAGAUGGAGAAUGGAUUCGAUGUAAAUGUUGAAGACAUUGUAAAGGCCCUUCAAAGCAAACUUUCAGGGGAAAUCCAUUAUAUUGUUUGAGUCUAUGAUCAUUUCCCUUCUGAUCUUCUACAGCCUUCGACUUUAUGUAUUUUCUUGAUCUCUUUGGAAAAAAAAAACCCAUGCUUAUUUUACGUAACUACAUGAACACCAUGUUUAAUUACCAAUAUUUACCAAUGUAAUGAAUUGCUGUAUAUCAAAAAAAAAAAAAAAACUUUAGACAAGUCGUUCAAAACUCACAUACCUUACUACUCUGAGUGGAUAAU